AAACCUAACCUCUAGAUUGCUCCCCAGUCGUUUGGGGAAAUAGCACAAAGAGAGUUAGAUUUUUGGGGGAAAUGAAAUUUCAGAAUUCUGGGUCUGUCCCCGCCUCCUGAAAUUUUCACUUUCACUCUCCCGCGAUUCUCUUCCCUCCUUUUACUAUUCGUACACUCUCAAAUUCCUAUAAGAUUUAUCUCUUUCUGUAGUCAAAGCUUUGGAGGUUCCUUUUCAUCCACCAGGUGUGCAUGACAGCUCUAGAACUGUUACUACAUGAGCAGUAAUUAGUAAAAACAAUUGUUGAUCGGCAUGUUGUUGCAAAGAAGAUAGAAGUUUUCCCUGCUAGCGGUUGAUCUGUCUUGCUUUGCUGCAAGAAUUGACAGACGUUUUCCUUUUUGUUGGGACAGGAAUGCAGUGUGGAGCAUGAGAAUAUACAUUGGAGAUUUCUGUAUACAUGUCUAGUGCAUCUCACUGGUUAAUAUAUUGAUUGGGAUUAUGAUGGAUUGCAACAAAGAUGAAGCCCUAAGGGCUAAAGAGCUGGCUGAGAAGAAAAUGCACGGUAAUGACUUUUUAGGGGCUCAAAAGGUUGCAUUGAAAGCUGAACGGCUUUACCCUCAGCUAGAGAAUAUAUCGCAGCUACUUGCUGUUUGUAAUGUUCACUGUUCAGCUCAGAGCAGUACAGUGGGGUCAGAAAAGGACUGGUAUGGGAUCCUCCAAAUUGAUAUGGUUGCUGAUGAAGUGACCAUCAAGAAACAAUACCGGAGACUUGCACUUGUGCUUCAUCCUGACAAGAACAAGUUUCCAGGUGCAGAAGCAGCUUUCAAGCUAAUUGGGGAAGCAAAUAUGGUGCUUUCUGACCCGACGAAAAGGGCUUUGUAUGAUAGUAAGUACAGGGUUUUAUUUAAAGGUGCAGCAGCAAGGCGACCAUCUCAUCAGGUUAAUCGAAAUCCUUCGGCUAGACAAAAUAAUACUCCAAAUGGUUUUGGUACUCAGUUCAGUAAUCUGGAUAAUAUUCAGAAAACACAGCCGACUCCAUCAGCAAUGCCGGAAACAUUCUGGACUGGAUGUCCUUUUUGCAAUAUUAGGUACCAGUACUACCGGAGUUUUGUGAACAGAGCUUUACGCUGCCAGAAAUGCUCAAAACCUUUCAUUGCUUAUGAUUUAGGUUCUCAAGGUGCUCCUCUUGGACCUAAAUGGAGUCAUCCUGGCAGUCAGGAUGUGCCCCUUAGGUCGGCCACGGGCCCGCCUUAUCAGCAGAAAGAGGUUUCAAACCAGGGAACCUCAAGAAUGGCAGAAGGAGCUGGCAAAAUGGGAUCUCAACGGGGUCCUAGCAGUAGAACAAUGGGGUCACAACCAGAGGUAAGAAGAGAAAAGACUGCUCAGGUAAAUAAGAAUUUAAAGGCUAAAUGGAAGGCUGAAAAGUAUGACAAGGAAAUGGGCGAUACAAAUGAAGGGGCGUCUGUGCCAAAGGUUAAUAAAAAUAACAGGAAAAGGAGUAGGAAGCAGACAGUUGAAUCAAGUGAGAGCAUUGAUACUUCCAGCAGCACCGAGCCUGAAACUGAGGACAUUGAGUCUGGUAGCUGUGGCCCUAGGAGGUCUUCUCGCCUACGGCAGCAUGUCUCCUAUAAUGAAGGCGCAAGUGAUGACGAGACUGAUUUGGCAAACCAUCUGAAGAAGGUACAGGCAAACCAACCAGCUGGAGAUGAUACAUCAAAGCAGGAAGAAACGGUGUGUGGCGAUGACUUAACGAAUGCCAAAUCAACUGGUUUUCAUGGUAAUUCCAAGGCAAAGUCUACUCAAAAUGGAACAGCCCCUCCUAAAGAAAAAGGGCAAGAUAAAAGUGCGAACAGUAGUAAAUUUGACAAAAAGGCUGCUGGGCCUCCGUCAAGCGGGGUAGAAAAAGCUGAAGUCAUUGAUUCUGAUUCCGAACCAGAUAGUGAACCUUUUGAUGAUCCUCCAGAGUUAUACGAGUGUCCUGAUCCAGAGUUUUGUGAUUUUGAUAAGCAUAGGGAAGAAAGUUGCUUUGCUGUUAACCAAAUCUGGGCUUGUUAUGAUACAGCUGAUGGAAUGCCAAGAUACUACUGUCAGAUUAGGAAAGUUUUGUCUCCUGAAUUUGAGCUACUGUUCACUUGGCUCGAGGCUAAUCCAGAGGAUCAAGGAGAUAUGGAAUGGGUAGAGGCAGAGUUACCAGCUGGUUGUGGGAAAUUUAGACGUGGGAGGUCUCAAAACUCUAAUGAUCGUCUUACAUUCUCUCAUCUAGUGCACUGCGAAAAGGGUAAGAGAGGUGCAUUCAUUGUAUAUCCUAGGGAAGGGGAGACAUGGGCUCUCUUUAAAAAUUGGGAUAUCGGUUGGAGUUCAGAUCCAGAAAAACAUAUAAAGUACAAAUAUGAAAUUGUGGAGGUUCUUACUGAUUUUGUCGAGGAUGUUGGUAUAAAAGUAAAUUACCUGGAUAAAGUGAGUGGAUUUGGUAGCCUUUUCCAGCCCACCAGCCAGACUAAGGGUGGCUCAUUUUUCGUGAAGCCAAAUGAACUUUACAAGUUCUCUCAUCGAAUCCCAGCAUUCAGAAUGACUGGAACUGAAAAAGAGGGUGUACCUGUGGGAUCGUUUGAACUUGAUCCUGCUGCUUUACCUCUUAAUCCAGAUGACAUUUGGUACCCUGGGAAACUGAGCAGAAAUGCAAAAUCUGAACUGGAGAAUUUGACAACACCUAAGAAUUCUGUGGACUUGAAAGGAAUGUGUGCUACUGGUGGAGAGUCAUCUAAGGUUCGGAGAUCUCCUAGGAGUCUGACUAUCUCCAUGACUAGAAAAUUGUAGACAUGACAGAUUCUUUUCUUCUGUUUUGCUUGCUCAGUGGAGAUGUCAUUGGGCUAGACUUGUGUAUUUUGUCAUCAGUAUAACUUGUAGGGAAACCAUUAGGAUUAAGAGCAUAGUUGUCGCUGGCCUGAACUCUUUUUUUGACUGCAGUAUGUGUUCCAACAAUUAUUAUUGCCAGUGUAUGUCCUUUGUGUAGUGUUUGCUGAAUCAAAUUGUAUUUUCAGAUCGUUUUGUGAGAUGGAUCAAGGAUAUUGAGAUUGUUCUUGGAAAGAUACUGUAGUUUUUACUAAUAUUUUGCAAGGGAAACAGAAAGUUCCAAAGUUUUUGGUCCA